GAGCUGCCAAUUUUCAUGCAAAUUAUGGAUUCUUAAAAUAACUAAACAUUCAGAAGCACUGUUGAGUUUCCUUCAGAGGAGAGCCUACAUCUCAACCUAGCAGCUUGAUUUUAGUACGUUUUUUGUAGCAGUCUAAAUUAUAUCGUUGCAGGCCAACACUUCUCGUGUGAACCAGGCUCGGAUGGUUCUUCAAGGCUCUGAUUCAGCGGGGAUCCACGCUGCGCUCCAAAACGCUUCCAAUGUGAGCACAGGCCCAACUUAAACCCUUGUCCGAAGUCGGGGUGCAGCUCACGCUUGCCUUUGGCUGUCGCUUUGGCACAAGCUCUCAAGGCUGGAGUGCCGAGACAAAGCUGCAGAGUCCGAGCUCCGACCCACGCAGAUGAAUUUUCUCAGUGUGGAAUUUGCUUUGGCGCCAGCCGAGGGCUCGGAGCGGGGCUGGCGUGCGGGAAUGAGGAGCGGAGGGAUCAUCCCUACACCCAGCAGCCCGAAUCCAAAUCAGCUGUGUCCACUAAGCUGCCCUAAAACUGCCCGAACACAUCGGUCCUGCAAAUAUCGGCCCCCAGUUCUGGCUUUGUAAAUAUUUUUCUUUUCAUGAAAAACGUCGGCCAGGUCGGAUCCCGCCCUCUCUCUCCCCGGUAUCCGAGCCCGGCCUCCGGCUCGGCGCUCCCGGGAAGAUGUGGGUGAAGCUGUGCUGUUUGCUGCUCUACUUCCUGGCGCUCUUCGUGCUGGCCCGGGUGUUCGAGGCCGUGGCGUGGUACGAGAGCGGCUUCCUCGCCACGCAGCUGGUGGACCCGGUGGCGCUGAGCUUCAGGAAGCUGCGGACCAUCCUGGAGUGCCGCGGGCUGGGGCACUCGGGGCUGCCCGAGAAGAAGGAUGUGCGGGAGCUGGUGGAGAAGUCAGGAGACCUCAUGGAAGGAGAGCUUUAUUCAGCUCUCAAGGAGGAAGAGGCCUCUGAAUCAGUUUCCAGUACAAACUUCAGUGGUGAAAUGCACUUCUAUGAGCUUGUAGAAGACACAAAAGAUGGGAUCUGGCUGGUACAGGCAUUGUGGAGGAGUUCAUGGGUAUCUCAAACUGGAAACCACUGAAGCAGACAGACAAUUUUCACCUUCAUACAACCUUACCCGUUCAUUAAAUGAGUUAGAAAUCAGUUUUGCCUUUGGCAAAAUUACACAGGUUUUUUGCAAUUCAAACGUCUGUAUUCAUUAUGUGGAGAGUGACUUGCUGAAGUUGAGUGAGGACUGACUGAGAGAACUACCUGGAUGUGUGUGUGUGCAGCAGGGAAUGGUGUCUCUUACUUAAUGGGUUUUGUUCUUCCUGAUGGUGUGAAGUCUGUCACUGUGCCCUAGUGCCCAGAUUUGAGGAGCACUUGGAGUCGUUGUCUUUGUGGCUGAGCUGUAAAACCAAGUUGUGACUAUUACUGUGUGGCUGAAAUCGUGUGCUGUUGGCAUGAGCAGGUGUGCCUGACACCUUGCUAUCCCAGCUAGAAUUGGUUAAAAUAAUGAGAGCUGGAGUACAUGAGGUGUUUGUUCUGCUUUUGCCCCUCUCUGACUCAUUGUCAUGCCUUGUGAUACUCGAACACUUAUAGUUGUGAGCGAGUUUCAAAACUUACUGAGAACAAAUCUCAUUCCUGUGACCUGCUUUGAGAUCUCUGCAUACCUUCUGAAAGAAAUUGAGCAAAACCUGAUUUAAAUGCACGGAGAACAGGAUAAUGCUCAAGUGAGGUCAUUAUCAUGUCAUGCUCAAGUACUUCAGGGAUACCAGAAGAGGAAUCUGUCUUUGUAUAUUGCAUUUCUACAGCAAACUCUAACAUCAGCUGUGCUUCUUCAAGCCUCUUCAAUUUCAAUCGUAUUUUUACUUGUAUUUUAAGAAUCUAUGUUUCAUAAAAUAACCUUUAAAAAUGCUUAAUGAUACUUGGAAAUUAGGGAGCAGCUGGAUCUGUGAUGGUUAUAAAGUAGCUCUUGCAAUAUUGAUGCACCUACCCAAUAUAUUUUGGGUUUGGAUUAGGCAAGAGAGGCAAGUGCCUUGCUGACUUAGUCCUCUUUUUCCAAGUGUUUGUAUCUUUCUGGCUCUGCGAUUUGCUCCUUAAGUCUGUUCUUUAAUGUCAUAACUAUGACUACUUUAACAUAUAAAUCAGAAUAAUUCUAUUUUUCUAAUUGCUUUCCUGAUUGAACUCUUUGGAGAUAAUUCUGUGUAAUUCAAUGUCAUGAGAACUCCUCCAAUGCAAAAGCUCCCUAUUCAACUGUCUUUUGAAAUCAUGAGAAUCUCAGCAUUUUCAGUAUUAGAGAUGGUAAUUCAGACCUUGCAGUCAGAGCCAAUCUUCUGGCCUGGGUUAGGUGUGGGUUAGAGGGUAGAUCCAUUCUGUGAAGUUGUUAAAUAGCAGGGUUACUGUGAUCCUAUUGGAUUCCCUUAGCCCAUUAAGAUGAUUAAUGGAUUAAUUGAGUUACCCUCAUUGUCUUACUUGUCACUCUGACAUGUGAUAUGUCACAGAUUGUGAACAUAGCUAAUAAUAAGCAAAGCUGAGAGGGUUUGUGCUUCUCCAGACCUGGUGUUUGUUUCUAUCUGUGUCAGCUGAUCUCCUAAAAGGUACCUUUGCUUAUGAACUUGGGCUUUAUUUCUGCAACAUUAAAUAGAAUUUAUGAUUGCAAGGGACCUUUUUGAUGAGCUAGUUCAGCUUUCUUCUAGACUGUAGAAUACGUGUUUAGAAAAUAUUUUGCUGUCUCUUUUACACUGUAAGUUGUUCAAAUACUCCUGUUGACUGUUUUCUUCUUGGAAAUGUGUGUCUGACUUCUGGCUUGGAUGUAUUCAGGGCUAAUUUGUUCCUAUUUGGGCAUAAAUUGACAUUGCCCUUUGGUUUCACCACGUCCUGAUGUCAACCACGUUCCUCCCAGUAAGUGAGGUCAAUCAACCAGUUUGUUUUGUCAGGUCUGAUAUAUCCUGGGCUUUGCUUGUUUUGCAGCCAGUUAAUAUUGAUGGCUUGUGUUUUCUUGUGGAGCAACUGAUAGCCCCAAGCGUUUCUUCCCAUCGCUGUUUCUAACUGAUGAACUCCCCAAGUGUCCUGUUCAUUACUGAAUUCAAUUUCACAUGUGACACUCUGCAUUACAAGAUUUGUGCAGCUCUUCCUGCAUGGCGUUAUAAUCCUCUUUCCCACAUAGAUGUGCUUCCCAGUUUUAUGUCUUCUACAAAUGGCUUUGGGAGACUUCAAGUUCCCACAGGAAGGGCAUUAAUGGGAAUAUAUGAUGAACUGAGCUCUAAGGUAAAUCUAUUAAGAAGUCUGUUAGCACCUUUCUGGUAUUUUGAUGUCUUUUUGCUGUAGCCAAUUUCUUGCUCAUUUUAAAACUCACUUUUUUUUCCACUCACUAUAAAAGCCUAUCUGUAGCUCUCAUGUAAAUUUUCCAUGUGGCAUGAUACAUGAUACGCUACCAAACUACAAACAGGGUACUACAUUCCCUUUUUCUCUUGCAACUCAGUCCUUUUCCUUCAGGGAAAGUUUCUCCCAAUCAGGAGUGAUACAGCUUUAGUAAUUGCAUGCUAGAAAGAAGUGGAAAAUGCAAUUAUCUCUGCACCUCUAAAACUUCUACAGUUUUACAUUCUGUUGAAAUCAAAAUAGUGGAAUUUUUUUUUCAUUUACUCCUAAAUAUAGCUGCAAACUUGUUACUGUCCUGACAAAAUGUGAAUUGGUCUGAUGGGGGUUUGCAAGAAAUUUUCACAGGUUCAUCUGUGAUAUAUUGUGUGCCUGUGCUACAGUUCUAGGAUGGAGAUAUCCUGCUUACUCUGAUUUAAGUGCAUUAAGUAAUUUGAGUUCUCCUUUCACCUUCAGUUGAUGUAGUUUCUUCCCAUAAAUUUGCUAACUGGUCCAUGGCCAGCUACCCCCCCUUCCUACCCCCCCUUCACUGAAAACUGAGUCACAGUUUUAAUUUAACUUUAAAAAGAAAAUUAUCUUACAUUUUUAUCCUAUCUUCAUUGUUUGGUGAUCCUGCUUCUUCUCCCCCUGUUCUAUUCUUAUUCAUAUGACUGAAAAACCUUUUGGUACAACUUGUAAUAGUCUUUGUAUGGUCUAACUUGAAUAGCUCAUUUUUCCUUACUUUUUUCCCUUGCAUAUCUUUCUUUGAUAGCUCUUCCUUUUGACCUUUUUUCAAUUCUUGUAGAUUGUCAAACUAUUUCUAACCUCUCUUUGGAUGUGCUUGUCAAAUCCUGCACUUCUUCCUAGCAACCUUUUUUUUUUUUUUUUUCCUUAUUUGAAAUAUAAAAUCCUGAUAGUUUUAACACCAUGGGCUUGAAGAACUUCCAGGCCUCUUCCACAUUCAAAUUCCCAGUCUCCUCAGUCACAGGUUUUUAAGCUAAAUUUCUUAACUUAUCAAAAUUCACACUUCUUAAAUAAAAUCUGUUACAAGUGUUUGCAGGUUAUUUUUAAUUUAAACUGAAGUACAUUUUGAUUGCUUAACCUGCAGUAUUUUCUUGGACUCCCUCAUGCACAGAGGUGGUGACUGCUUUCCAAAAUACAAAGCCUUGCCUUGGCAUGGUGAACUCCCAGUGCUGUAAGUGGGUGUUGUCUGCAAGGAGCAGCUGCAACGGACAUGUUUAUUUGGAUUUUUUUUCCAUAAUGACAUAAAAAAGCAUGAGCCCAAAAUAUUUUACAAAGCUUCAGUGUGCAAAACCAGAGUAGGAUUCCUCUAUGUAGUUACAAAAUACAGAUUGCUACUUAGGUCUUUGUUCUUCAGUACAAAGAACUUUCUCUGUGAGCAAAGACUUUUUUUCAUAGGCAAGAAAUUAAGCAGGUGUUAAAAAUUCCACCAGUACAGGCAGGUGACAGUAAAGUAAAAUGGUGACUGUAUUUGCAACACAUUUUUGUCUUGAGACUUAAAGUGAAUGUUGUGGUGCCAGGCAGAAGAAACAGUGAGCAGAAUAUGUCCUCCUGCACACAACAUUAACAUUCUCUCAUCACUAUUUCAGAAUGUGCACACAGAGUUUGGAGGAAGCCAAUCUCUGAGUAGUUGUACCAAAGAGUAAUUCAGUCACCAAAGUUUUACUUCUAUGCUUACUAAUAUAACAUAGUGGUUCCUUGCCAUGUUGGAUGCAUUUAUCAUGCCAUAGUGGCUCUGAGGAUAUUCUGGCUUUUAGAUGUCUUUAGGAAUUUGGUCUUCCUUGUUUGAAGUGCAUGAAAGGAAGAAGUUUAAAAUAUCCAAAACUUCAGUCACAUUGGGUGAUGUAAAGAAGGUUCAGUAAUACAGCACAUUUCCCAGCUGAUUGUUUCAGUGUGUGAUGGUUACAUUUAUGUAUUCAAAAAGGCUUUUCUAUGUGAUAGGUGUGUUUUAAAAAUAACUUGAAGGAUUCUUACCUAGAUCUUUACCUCCAGUGUUAUUUAAACAUUUUGGGUUUAGUAGAAUGGGAAUGUAAUCUGUGACUUCACUUUGUUUCCCUAUGUAGAACAUUCUGCUUGGUGAAUUCUAUUUUAAGAUUCUCAGAGGCUGCUACUUACCACAAAGCAGAUAAUAUUUAUGAGUCUCAAAGGCUGGACACACUUUCUAGGUUGAAUCUCAGCAUGUCAACAGAGAACUGUUAAUCAUGGUGACAGCCCAACUUCCAGGGGCAAGCUGACAUUUGAGGUUAUUAAGUCAGAAAAUGAUUGGAUAAGUUUAAUGGCGGG